AUGCCGUCCAAGACUCUCGCCGUCGCCGGCGUCGCCGCGCUCGCCUUCGCCUCUGGCGCGAACGCGAUCGCGCUCGAUCUCACCACGGAAACGUUCGACUCUCAAGUUGGCGCCGGAAAGGGUGCCUUCGUGAAAUUUUUCGCCCCCUGGUGCGGACACUGCAAGGCGCUCGCGCCGGCGUGGAAGCAGCUCGGCGAGGCUUUUGCCGACAACGAAAACGUCGUGAUCGGCGACGUGGAUUGCACCAAGGAGGAGAGCCUCUGCCAAAAGUACGGCGUUCAGGGCUACCCGACGCUUAAGUACUUCACCGGCGCCACCGCGGCGACUGGUGACGCGUACCAGGGCGGCCGCGACUUCGAGGCUCUCCAAACGUUCGCGUCCGAGAACCUCGGCCCGUCUUGCGGCGCCGAGAACAUCGACCUCUGCAACGAAGAGCAAACGAAGACGAUUAAGGAAAAGCAAGCGCUCACCCCGGAAGCGCUCGCCGCCGAGAUUGCUGAGCUCGACGCCGAAAUGAACAAGGCCGGUGCCGAUUUGGACGAGCUCUUGAAGAGUCUCCAAGCGCAAUACGAGGAGGGCAAGAAGAAGAAGGACGAUACCAUCGCGGCAAUCUCCCCGAAGAUGGGGCUCUUGCGAUCCGUUCAACGCGCCGCCGCGUCGGAAGCCCCCAAGGACGAACUCUAA